AUGAAGGCACAGACAGUGCUGUCUGUCUUCUUCAUUCUCAUACCAUCUCUGAGUGGAUCUGAAGAUAAAUUCUUUUCAGCUUUCUUCAAUCAUGUUAGUAGCAUGAAUGAGCAAAUUGUCAUUGGAAGACUUGAUGAAGAUAUAAUUCUCCCUUGCUCAUUUGAGAGUGGGUCCGAAGUCGUAAUUCACUGGAAAAAUCAAGAUACCUACAAUGUUCACAGUUACUACAAAGGCAGUGACCAUUUGGAAAGGCAAGAUCCCACAUUCACAAACAGGACAUCCCUCUUCCACAUCGAGAUUCACAAUGGGAAUGCCUCUCUGUUUUUCAGAAGAUUAAGCCUUCUAGAUGAAGGAAUUUAUUCCUGCUAUGUGGGAACAGCAAUUGGAAAGAUCACAAACAAAGUGGUGCUAAAGGUGGGAGCUUUCCUCAUGCCUGUGCUGAAGUACAAAAAGGGUCACACAGACAGCUCCUUAGUAUGCAGUGUGUUAAAUGUUUAUCCUUGUCCAGUUAUCACAUGGAAAAUGGACUGUGCACCUGUCUCGCAAAGCAAUACAGAAGAAAAUGGGUCUUUGGGUCCUUUUUACAUUAACAGUACACUGAAUAUUACAGGAUCAAAUUCAUCUUAUGAAUGAGCUAUUGAAAAUUCACUGCUGAAGCAAACGUGGACAGGGCGAUGGACAAUGGAAGAUAGCCCUCAUAAAAUGCAAAGUGAACAUGUUCCACUCUCGUGUCAACUUGUAAACAAUUUUUUUCCACCAAAUCAAGACUUCAAAGUUACUUGGUCCAGAGUGGAACGUGGGACUUCCUCGGUUCUGGCUUGCUAUCUGAGCUCCUCACAAAAUAUAAUUAUCAGUGAACCCCGAUUCUCAUGGAACAAAGAGCUGAUCAACCAGAGUGACUUCUCUAUGACUUUGACAGAUCUUCGUCUUGCAGACAGUGGGGAAUAUUUACGCAAUAUUUCUUCAAGUGAAUAUACUUUACUUACCAUGCACACAGUGCAUGUAGAACUGAGCCAAGAAACAGCUUCCUGGAAAAUAGCUUUUCAAAUUUUGGUGGUUUUUCUGACUUUGGUGGCUUUUCUGAUUUUGAUAGUAAAAUUACACCAUAAAUUAAGAAGAUGUGUCAAUAUCAUCACAGAUAGGUCUAAUGUCUUUACUGAUGAGAGAACAAGCAGUACUAAUAAAGCACAAGAAAACAUGUAUCACAUUCACGCUUCAAGACAUAAGCAUCGUUCACUGAACCCCGGCCUGCAUUAA